AUGCUGGUAGUGGAAUCCAACCGGGCUGAGGAUUGUCUGGACCGAAGCCUGGUGUUGGGUCUCGCUCUCUCUACCAGCGCCUGCAUAGCUCGAAUCUCGCCGGAGUGGUUGAUGAGACGACUAAUUGUUCAGCUUGAGCGAUUGCAGCCAUCUGGAAAGCACUGCACAUUGAAUUCCAUCACUGAAAUAAGACCUACUGCAUCUCUUGAAUUCAUUGCCGCUGGAAACGUUAUCAGUAACCGUGAAAAGAUAGCCGAUCUGUGCAUCUUGUAG